UUGAGCAUGAGCAGCUAUCGACUCCUGCUGUCUCUUUCAGAAGGGGGAAAAACAGGUUGUGGAAAAGUUUGCGAGUGCAUGAAACCCCGGUUUACUUCGUACUGCCAAAGCGAAAUACCGGUGUGUACAGGGCUCUAACCCAGGAUCGUUGGAUUUCAAAUUAUGGAUGCUUUGAAAUCGGCUGGGAGAGCCAUUAUUCGGAGCCCUAGUCUUGCGAAACAGUCGUGGAGUUAUGGCAAACACAAAAAGCUGCCGGAGAACUGGACGGAUACGCGUGAGACUCUGCUGGAGGGCAUGGUGUUCCAGCUGAAGUACCUGGGCGUCACGCUGGUGGAGCAGCCCAAGGGCGAGGAGCUGUCGGCCGCCGCCGUCAAGAGGAUCGUAGCCACGGCGAAGGCGAGUGGUAAGAAGUUGCAGAAGGUGACGUUGGUGGUGUCUCCGCGGGGGAUCAUCCUGUACGACGCUGCCACCAACCAGCUCAUCGAGAACGUCUCCAUAUACAGAAUAUCCUACUGCACAGCCGAUAAAAUGCACGAUAAGGUGUUUGCCUACAUCGCCCAGAGUCAGAGCAACCAGACGCUGGAAUGCCACGCAUACCUCUGCACCAAGCGGAAAGUGGCGCAGGCGGUAACGCUUACAGUGGCGCAGGCCUUCAAAGUGGCGUUUGAGUUCUGGCAGUCUGCCAAAGAAGACAAAGACAAGAGGGUGAAGUCUGGCUCUGAUGGAGAAGGAGCUGGAAGCUCCCAGUCGGAGAGCUCAGCCAGCCUCAGCAGCAUCAAGACAACAGGAGGAGAUGAGGUGGCCACAGGGACCCUAUUGGACCUGGGGGAGGGGGCCAUCGAGGCCAUGGUGCACUUGGGCCCCGAGGGAGAGCGCACCCGCAACCUGCACACCUCCAAAAACAACAACACAGUCUGGGAGCUUGAAGAUGGACUGGAUGAGGCGUUUUCAAGCCGCAGUCUGGAUAGUUUUGAAUCAUCCACAGACUCGCUGAGUCUCGCACUAACCCCCAGGUCUUGGACAUUGGGGUAAGCCCCCUGGACCUGCAGGCGGAGGAGUGCCUGUCGCCUGGCCACACGGAACAGGCGGACGGAGAGGACACCUUUGGCUUCUGAGGCCUCGGAAACAAAAAGGGAGAGCGCUGACAGAGGAGAGAAGAGGAGGAGGGAAGAGGAGAGGAGAGGAGAGGAGGGGAGGGGAGGGGCUCGCUGCUUGAACAGAGAAGAUCUUUGGGGCUAGUGCCACCUAGAGGCUCUUGUUGGAAGCACCUUGGACUCAAGGAGUUUGACCUGAACAGACUGUCCACCUCCAGAACUUGAACCAAAGCAAAGCAAUACAACUGAUGUUCAUUUUCUUUUUUUAUUGUCUAUUCUUUACCUAUUAUGUUUUUUUUUUAAGUUUUCCCCUGCCUUUGUUACAUACACCAAGUUACUUUUCUGUUUUUAUUUGUGUCUGUCAAGUGAAGAUUGUUUUUUUCAUUUGUGUUUGUAUGUACUUAUGUAUUUGUGUAAACACUUUAUAUAUAUAUAUAUGACAAGGCUUAAAUGUAUUAUAAUUUAUCAGUUAUGCUACAAUUGGUUUAGGUGGAUUUGAGAGACUCUAGUAGUUGCUGCCAAGGUCCAAGUCUGCACAUCCUUCCAGGUGUGUAGACUGUUUGUGUGUGUGUGUGUGUGUGUGUGUGUGUGUGUGUGUGUGUGUGUGUGUGUGUGUGUGUGUGUGUGUGUGUGUGUGUGUGUGUGUGUGUGUGUGUGUGUGUGUGUGUGUGUGUGUGUGUGUGCCUGCCUGCCUGCGUGCGUGCGUGCGUGCGUGCUAGCUACAGUAGCUGGCUUGCUCACUGUUUUUGGUUAAAGGGUUUGUAUUCAUGUGGCAUUUUGCAUUUGUGGACUCGAGGGCGGCCUCUUAGUAGCCAAAACCAAUGGCAAAAGAUUAAUAACUAAUUUUUGAACUAAGCUCAGAAAAAAAAACCUAACUGACUGACCAAAACAAAAAUAUGUUCUUAUCUUGUAAGGACUUCAGAAAAUGUUGAAACAAACCUAUGGUCAGUGCCAAGUAUGGCUUGCUGCAACAUAAGACGGGGGUCAGUAAACAUGGAGAUAAAAAAGGAAAAGAUAAAGGAUAACUAUAGUUUAUAUGUUGGAAGAUAACCUUAUUUUUUCUACAAGGAAUAUUUUUGCACUCCCUCCCUUCCCGCCUCUUUUUUAUAUAGUUCAUCAUGGGUUCCUCGUCUUAGCUCUCCAUACUCACUGUCUUGGAAGUUUUGACUAAGAAAUGUGUGACUCAUUUUUUUUUAUUUUUUUUUCGGCUGAAUUUAUUGAUCGGCAGAUUGAUUUGAUUUCUUUCAGCCAUCAUCAAACGAGUGGGAAUCUGAACACAGAGGUGCCGUGUCUUUGGAAGAUGCAAUCGAUUAACUUGUGUGGGAAGCUUCACAGCAUCUUAAACUGUAAUGUUGGUUUCUUGACUGGUUGAGGGAUUGCGGGUGUCAUGCUACCUGACUUUUGCUUUCACAGUUAUCAGCCGAACCACACUUUGCUAAUCAAACACUCUCUCUCUCUUGAACGUCUUGUCAAGAUUUUUGAGAAGAUUUUGAUCAGAGAAGUUUACAUUCAAACACAAAGUAUUCAGUGUUAGUCUUAAGACAUUUUGUUACGUUUAAAAAAAUGUAUCACAUUUCUGACCAUAACAUGUUAUACCCUCUGAACUGAAUAAACUGUGAUAUCAAAGUUAUGGCAUGGCUGCUUCAUUUUUGUGCACAUUGGAAUGGUGUGUGUGUCCCGAAGUCUGCCUCAGCUUUCUGGUCAGGAACCGAUAAGAAAAUAAAGUGCCCCUAGACCAAGA